UCUGUGGCUCAGAAGAAAAAUGGCCAACAGCCCGAAGAAAACAUCCCUCCAGAAGCGAGACCUGAGUCAUGUAUCUCCUACCAGGGAACCUUUCCUGAAGAUGAUCCAUGCCAGAGAAUUCUUCCCAACCUAUCAGACUUGGACUCAGCGUGAGUUCCUCCUCCCCAAAGAGACCGGGAAGUUCCCGGGCUUCACCCAGCAAAGCUACCACAAGCUGGCCGGGAAACAGCCACCAUGGACAGAGUUGAAGUCUAAGGUGCAUCACCGGUUAUUCUAUCCUUGGAAGGAUCCAGUCGAGCACACCUGGGGCUUCCACACAUGGCUUGAUGUGGGACGUUUGCCUGCUACCUUCCCCACUAGACCAGACGUACCCUAUGACAGCAAUGUCUGGCGCUAUUUGACUCACUCCAGUGCUUACCGCCUCCCUGCCGCAAAGCCUGGCAUUCCUCCACCCUCCUGGAUGGGCCCACAUAGCUUCCUGACCUUCAUCAAUGCUACCCCCAUCUUCGUGGACAUGAACAGAAAGAAGCAGAUAAUUGUGAGAACAGUGAAGGAGCUGAAGGAAAUUGAGAAACUCAAGCUGAGGAGCGAACUAAGGGCCCCUCCGCUCGAUGCCCAUGGCAAUAUCCUACCUCCACCAAACUUCAAGAAGUCCCAGUACAUAUCUGCUGGUGGAAGGCUUGUUCCUUGGGGCCUCCAGUUCCUACCCAACCCACUUCCCAAUAAUUUCAGCAAGAACUGGCCCUGCCCAAAUCGUCAACCUCAUUACCAGGAGACGAUCCUGAAACUGGCUCGACUGCCCACUGUACCCCUGAGCGAAGACCUUGUGAAGGACUACCAAGCCCUGAUUAAAAACCGGUUGGCCAUACCGGUCCACUACCUAUCCAAGGCAGGACCAGCUAAAACAUCAGAGGGAAGGAGGAAAAGGAGACCUGGACAUGUCUGAAAGAAGAGUCCAUAGUGGGCCUUAGGGUUUGCAGCCUAGCCUUCUUCAGC